AGCCCGCCGCCCCCGCCUGGCCUCGACCCGGCCGCCUCCCCCUCACGAUCGCUCCCUACCCCUCACAGCCGCACCCGCUGCCCCUUUUACCCCCUAAAUCCCCUUUUACCCCCUCACACCCCCUUUUUACCCCCCCACACCCCCCUUUUGCCCCCUUUUUGCCCCCACUUUGGCCCCUCACGCCUCGUUUUGGCCCCUCACGCCCCCAUUUUUGCCCCCCCCUCCUUUUGCCCCCCCCCUCAUUCCCUCACGCACCCCCCGCCCGCCGCGCACACCUUGGGGCAGGUAGCCCCGCCCCGCUUCUCUCAGCGCCCGCCGCCAUUGGCCGGCCGGCCAUCCAUCACCCGCCGGCUCCGCCUCCGAUUGGGCGGCCCGCUCCCCUCAGGGGGCGUACGGAGUUGGGGGCGGCGGGCGCGCAUGCGCUCUGUCUCUAGUGAGGCAGCGGGGCGUUGCAACCACCAUAGCAACCGCUUCCUCCUCCGGGCCCGGCGGCCGUGACGUCGGCAGCGUUUCCGCCCGGCUCGCGCCCUCGCCGCUUCCCUUCCUGCCGCCGGAGCCCGCGCCGCGCCCAGCCGCCGAGGGGAGCAGCCGCCGCCGCACCGCGCUCCGCCGCCCGCCGCCGCCGCCAUGGCAUCUGGAGUACAAGUUGCCGAUGAGGUAUGCCGUAUCUUCUAUGACAUGAAAGUGCGGAAGUGCUCUACGCCUGAGGAAGUCAAGAAGAGGAAGAAGGCUGUCAUCUUCUGCCUCAGUCCAGACAAAAAGUGCAUUAUCGUGGAAGAAGGCAAAGAGAUUCUAGUGGGAGAUGUCGGUGUGACAGUUACCGACCCUUUCAAGCAUUUUGUGCAGAUGCUUCCUGAGAAGGAUUGCCGUUAUGCCUUGUAUGAUGCAAGCUUCGAGACCAAGGAAUCCAAAAAAGAAGAGCUGAUGUUCUUCUUGUGGGCGCCAGAACAAGCACCUCUCAAAAGUAAGAUGAUCUACGCAAGCUCCAAGGAUGCAAUCAAAAAGAAGUUUCAAGGCAUAAAGCAUGAAUGCCAAGCAAAUGGGCCAGAGGACCUCAACCGAGCUUGUAUUGCUGAGAAGCUAGGAGGCUCCCUAGUCGUAGCUUUUGAAGGAAGUCCCGUGUAGAUGUCAUACAGUGCCACAACUCUACAAGCAUUCCAUGUUUUAAUAUAUCAGUUAUGUAAAACAUCCAUUCUAGGCAAGGGUUUCACUAACUGUAGGGAAGCUGUCAUAGAAUAAAGUAGAUUAUGGAGAUGUAGCUUGUAUGUACAAAUGACCAUAAAUAAAUCAAAUUAAGGAUUUA